AUGAACGCUUCAACAAGGUUGGAUUCAGCUGUUUUUCAGCUCACACCCACUAGAACAAGGUUUGUCUUGGUUAUUACUGUGAAUGGAAAGAAGGAGAAGAUUGCCUCAGGCUUGCUCAACCCAUUUCUUUCCCACUUGAAGGCUGCUCAGAAUCAGAUGGACAAGGGUGGUUAUUCAAUUGUUCUUGAGCCGCCUGAAGAUAACAGUGAUAAAUCGUGGUUUACCAAGGGAACUGUUCAAAGGUUUGUUCGUUUUGUGAGCACUCCUGAGAUACUGGAACGUGUGUAUAAUAUAGAAUCAGAAAUUUUACAAAUUGAAGAGGCAAUUGCAAUUCAAGGAAAUAGUUCUUUGGGGAUUAGCACUGUGGAAGAAAAUCAAAUGAUACAUGUUGAAACCACUGAAGGCAGGAAGACUCAGCAGGAUAAUAACGAGGAGAAAGCAAUUGUACUUUACAAGCCUGAUGCACAGCCUCCGCAAGCCAAUGGAACCACCACGUCGGAGGGAAAUUCAAAAGUUCAUCUUCUGAAAGUCCUAGAGACACGAAAGUCAGCACUGCAGAAAGAGCAAGGCAUGGCAUUUGCUCGUGCUGUUGCUGCUGGUUUUGAUGUGGACUAUAUACCACCUUUGAUGUCAUUUGGUGAAUGCUUUGGAGCAUCUCGUAUUAAGGAUGCAUGCACAAAAUUCAGGGAUCUUUGGAGAAGAAAACAUGAAACUGGACAAUGGCUUGAAAUUGAAGCUGCUGAAACAAUGUCCAAUCGCUCAGACUUCUCUGCAUUAAAUCUUUCUGGCAUUGUACUUCCCAAUACGGUCUCCGCAUCUCAUACUGAAUUGAACUCUGAGAGUAAUGGCAAAGCAAGUUCAGAUGUGCCUCCAAUGGACCGCCAACCAUCUGUAGGCAACCAGGAUAAUAUUCAAGGUCAAUUUCCUCAGAUGUUUCCUCCUUGGCCUGUUCAUUCUUCCCCAGGUACUGUUCCAGUCUUUCAGCCAUAUGCAGUGCAAGGCAUACCCUUCUAUCAAGCAUAUCCGGGAAACAGUCCAUUUAUGCAGCCAAAUUUUUCUCCCAUGGAGGACCCCAGAAUAAUUGCUGGUCAAACUAAUGGACGCAGAAGGCAUUCCAUGGAUAGCAGACACAGCAAUACUGAAUCAGAAAUGACGGAUGAAGUGGAUAUAGAGAGGGAUGGUGCACAGACUGGAGAUCGACGGAAGAAGGAUAGGCGAUCAGGACAAAAAUCUGGCAGGGUGGUGAUUCGGAACAUCAAUUACAUAACAAGGGUAGAAAAUUCUUCUGGCAGUGUAUCAUACUCAGAUUCUGGCUCAGAAACCAAUGAAGAUAAUAAGGAAUCUGUGAAGACCUCAAAGAGAAGGGACUCCAGAAAAGAAUCUUUGAAGAAAUUGGAUUCGUCUGAUACGGAAGAAACAGAGCAUGGGAAGGAUGCAGAUGGAAGCCACUGGCAAGCAUUCCAAAAUUGUUUACUAAGAGAUGUUGAUGAAGAUAGGCAUGGCAUUGACCAAGACCAAUUUGAUUUGGAAAAGGUGAAUGACAUGAGAAGAAAAAAACACAUUGAUGUCAAUGAUCCUUUAGUUUUUACUGAACGGGAAAUGCAUCAAGGUCAAGGAAGUUCUUCUACUGAUAUGCAUAGCAUUAGCAGAGGAUUGCCUCACAUACCUAAGAAAUCCAAUGAUGAUUUAUUGUUAUCUGCAAGGAAAGGACAGUCCGGUGAUGGUUGGUCUGGAGAUGAUGUACAAUCUUUAGAAGCAAAUGGGAAAAGGAUUGCUUACAGGAGGGCUGCCGGUGAUGAUUUCAUUGUUUCCAAACAAGAACGUGAACUCAGCAAUGCUUACCAUUCCUCAGAUAUGGAAACUUCACUAGGUUAUUCAAGCAAUAAACAAGAGAGAAAGUUGUUUCAUGAUAUGAAUGAUGAUUCCUAUAUAUUGGAUCAUAGAUCAAUCGAAGUCAAUGAUGCUGGAAAUGUUGAGAGACAUGCUAUUGAUGUGGAUUCUGAGAUCCCAAUUGUGCGGCAAAAUGAAGAAAAGUCAUCUGAUGAGAUAAACCACACUAGUUAUGAGCCAGAUGAAUUAAGUAUGCUGCCAGAACGAGGAGCUGAAAGGGGAUCAAUGAGUUAUGACCCUGCUUUUGACUAUGAAAUGCAGGCCCAGGCUGGUGGUACUUUGCAAAAUAAAAACAAAGAAGUAGUGGCUGACACCAAACCAGGAUCUAAGAAGUUGGAUAAGGAGCCAAAAUCAAAAGUUACCCCAAACAAUGCUGAUAGAAGGAAGAGUGGUGGACCGAUUAGGAGAGGGAAGACUUCUAAACUUAAUCCUUUGGAUGAAGCACGAGCACGUGCUGAGAGCUUAAGGAACUACAAAGCUGAUCUCCAGAAAAUGAAGAAAGAGAAGGAAGAAGAAGAGAUAAAACGCCUAGAAGCCUUAAAGAUGGAGAGGCAAAAGAGGAUUGCUGCCAAGAGUAGCUCAAGCACUACACGAUUGUCAUCACAGCAAACCAAGAAACAGGUUCCAACAAAACUUUCACCAAGCUCUCGGAAAGGGUCCAAAUUUAGUGAUUCAGAGCCAGGAGCAUCCUCGCCCCUUCAAAGAUUCCCAGUCAGAACUGCAUCUGUUGGAUCUAAUGAUUCUUUGAUAGCCUCAAAAUCCGGCAGAUUGAUUUCUAGAAGCCACUUGGAUAAUAACAAAUUAAGCCGAUCAGUGUCUUCAUUGCCGGAAUCUAAGCUAGAGAAGGACGAUAGUACAACUGAUACUAAGGCAUCAAUGGCAAGGACUAGAAGAUUGUCGGAACCAAAAGUGAGUACCAUUCGUCAGACUUCCUCAGUUAAACCGCACAGCACUGGAACGAUAUCACAUGCUAAAGCAGCUGAUGGACCUGAGAGCAAAAAGAUUUCUGCUAUUGUGAGUCACGAUAAAAGCAAGACAGCGGCCCUUCCAGAACUGAAAAUCAGAACAGCUAAAGCUAGUGACAUUCAUCAAAACAGAACAUCUGGCAAAGACAAGAUGCAUAAGUUGAAUGAUAGCAAGUCUUUUACGAAUUCACAAGGUACCAUGUCAAAAAAAAAAGAAAUUGGUACUUCAUCCAAUGAUGGAGAUGACAAUCAUGUAGUUGAGAAGACUGUUGUGAUGCACGAGUGCGAGAUACCUUAUGCCCCUGCUAUUCAUAAUUCAGAUGAAAAUUUUGAGAUACCAGAGAAACAAUAUGAUAAUGAUGAAGUAACUGAGAAAACAGAGACUGCAUCUGAUUAUGCUGCUAUUCGCGCUCCUGUUUCACCACUAAGAAUGGAUAUAAUAGAUAAAGAAACCUCAGAGAGCCAACCACACCUGCAAUCCAUAUCUACUGAGGUCAAAAUGGAUAAUACAGAGAAAGAACCUUCAAAAUCAUCGAGUCUUUAUAUUUCUGGGGAAACAUAUGAUGCCCCAUAUGCUCGAGUUUCUUCUAUGGAGGAUCCUAGUACUAGAAAUAGUGAGUAUGGUAAAGCAGCCCCCACAAGUUUAGAGACUGCAGCAAUUGGUGUGGAGACCGUAAAAGCACAUGUAUCUAACAUCGGGAACUCAACACUUGAGAAGAUUCCUGAAGCAAUUGAGAAGCCUCAGGUAAAGGAGUCAUCAUCAUCCAAAGGAUUUAGACGACUGCUAAAGUUUGGAAAAAAGAGUCAUAGCUCAGCUACUGAACGCAGCAUGGAAUCAGAUACUGUCAGCAUGGAUGGUUCUGAGGCAGAUGAGAUUGGAAAUAAUGGUUCGUCUAAUGAAGUUCAUACUUUAAAGAACUUGAUCUCUCAAGAUGAAACUCCCACUGCCAGCACAACUCAACAGAAGUCUUCUCGUUCGUUUUCAUUGUUAUCCCCAUUUCGAAGCAAGAACAGUGAAAAAAAGAUAAUGAUGGCUUGA